AUGAGAAAACCUCAACGCAAUUCAACAUCUACGGAACAUUUUAUUUGCAAUAGUUGCAGUACGGCAGAGGGCUGUUGGACAACGCUUCAUCAAGUUGAUAUUUUCUCCACUGGCAAAGUCUCUGCAGUUUUUCAUUUUCGCUAUCCAUCGUUUUGCGUAAUCGACUAUUACAGAUAUCCAGAAGAGGAAAAUGACUGUUGUUUGUUUUUUUCUGCGGGUGAUUAUGAUCAACUGGUGAAAUUCGACAUAAAAACAGAAAGCAAAAUAUCUGUUGGUCAAGCAGUUCGUAUACCAGCUGCAAACAAUCGUAUGUUGCAGUCAGAUCAAGAGCAUUCAGCUUGGAUCGUUGAGCAACGAACAGUGGACGUGGUUAAGAUGGGUGGUAUUCGUGCACAACUGCUACGGAUUUGCUUACAUGCACAGAAACGUAUGGGUACAUUACGUAUGGCGUUACGCCUUCCGGUUACGAUCGCCACAAUGCUUAUGCUUGUUUCACCGUUAUUCGGUGAUCUACGAACGCAAGUAUUCGUCAAAUUAAUCACUCUUCUACUACAAACACUUUGUUUCCUCUUUCUGUGCUCGCUGGCACCGCAAAACGGAUUCGCUGGCACAAAACCGAAAAUAUACACAUUUUUUGAGACUGUCUUCAUCCUAACAUUACUGAGUGUUGUGAUCACUGUCGUUGCAAUGGCGCUGAGUCGAGUCAAACGUACAGUACCACCGAUUCAUAAUAUUUUCUUAACUGCAAAAAUGAUCAACCGAUUCGUUUGUUGUAUUGAACCAGAAGCAGGUGUUUCGUACCAACGUCAUAUCGAUGAUCAAUCAACAACGCCAGCCACAAAUUAUGAAACGAGACAACCAGACUAUACGCUUGAAUGGAGACAUAUUUUUAUAGCCGCAAACAACUUAUUUUCGGGCGUUUCAUUCACAGUUUUCAUCUUUGUUGCUGCAUUUGAUAUUCUCUAA